CGAGCAGCCAAUCAGCGACCCGGGAAGGAGUGAGGCUGGCGGAGGGUAGUGAAGCGAGCUGGACUUUGGUGAAUAAAUGUAAAUAUACCCAUUUUUUACGCUUCCCACAGCAGCUAAAGGAAGGGAAGUCACGGGGCAGCUUCACAGGAGGGUUUUUGAAUGGUGACUAUGGAUGGUGCAGCCCCCGUGUCACCCACCUCAUGAGGGUUAGCCCACGCAGACCACGGCCCCCACCGCCACCACUACCACCACCACCACCACCACCACGUGCAGCCACCACCAGCACCACCACCACCAUCCUCCUGGCGAUAGUGGUGGUGGUGGUGAUGGUCACGGGUUGCCAUGCCCUAGGCGAGGAGAUACGACCAGACCCUACCAUCACCACCACCACCAUCACUGACAACACCACGACAACCACCCCAAGGAGCACCACGCAAGAGAUACCAGUCACCACCAGCACCACGCAAACCACAACUGACGGGAGGAAUGGCGGGGUGGCUGCAAAUGGUGGCAGCGCUGGGAGAAAGAAGGCGUACAUUGGUGGCAGCGGUGGGAUCACGCCUACCAAUACCUUACCUCCCACGACCAGCACUCCACAGAGCCUCACGUGCCCUGAGGAUCUAUGUAAAGUUACGGGGAUGACGGAGAAUGCUGGGGAGGUCCUCUCAGCGGCGCCUCCCCUCAAGGUAUCAUGUCACGAUCAUCUAAGGAUUACCUCACUCACGGAUAUUUGGCCCCAUUGCCUCACGCCCGCCACCAGGUUGCUAGAUUUGUCGGACAGCGGCCUCACACGACUGUCGCCUCACGUCCUGUCACACCUACCCAACCUGGAGAAGCUAGAUCUGAGGAACAAUGAUAUUAGCGUCAUCGAGCCUGGAAGUUUCGCUAACCUUAGCAACUUACGGAGACUAGAUCUAAGUACCAAUCGUAUCAAGACACUUAAUGGUUCUCAACUAGCUGGCCUUAUCCGACUUAAAAAACUGAAGCUUGCCAGGAACCCUCUCUCAAGGCUUCAGUCAGGAAUACUGGAAGAAGUGCCAAACCUGAAGGGACUUGACCUUGCACAAACCCUGCUGGUGUGCGACUGUGGGCUGACGUGGCUGGCGGAGGCUGUGGCGCGGAGAGAGGUGCGAGUCCACAGCGCUUCCAAAUGCUUCAGUCCCCGGGCACUCAACAACACCCAGAUCAAGAAGCUUAAACCAGACCAGCUCCGGUGCCAUGGCCCAGGGCAGUCAGUAGUGGAGCUGGAGCCGGUGUUGGACCAGGUGGUGUUUGCCGGGGACUCCCUUCGCCUGCGGUGUCGUGUGACCAGUGCACAGGAGAGCCAUCAGGUGUGGUGGGCCAAGGGUGAAACACAUCUCCUGCCACGCCAGCCCCUCGCCACACAACCACACUUCUGCUACCGUUACCGGCUACCUCGAUCAGCACCAGCAGAGAGGUGGAGCUGUGGUCAGGAACACCUACCUGCCUGCCUGGUGGAAAUAGACGAGCUGAACGGCACACACAGCGGGGACUGGUCAUGUCUGGUGCAGGGACAGAAGGGGAACCACACCCGCACUGUCAGCAUCUACGUCAUUGCCCACGACACCAAGUACUGCCCCAUGAAUGCCACGAGUGACAACCGCGGCUCUUACGUGUGGCCGAGGACGGUGGCCGGCGUGCGGGUGGAGCUCGCCUGCGCCGGCCUGGUCCCACCCCACCAGCGCGGUGCACAAAAAUUCACUUCCAAGACAGCCAGCACCACCAUCUCAAUCAGCACUGGGAAGCACCACCGCACGCCUGCCAACACCGCCUCAGCCCUGCGCUCCCUCCAGUGGCACAUGGCAGAGCACACCUGCUCUGAGGAUGGGGAGUGGGAGGCGCUGAACACUGCUAGGUGCCCAUUUGUCUCUGAAACGACGAAGAUACUGGAGCAGUUUGCCUUGACAAAUGUGGUGGCCAGCAAGACGAGUUUGGUUGACAGCGCUCGGUCACUGAGAAACUUCACAAGGGAGGGGAAGAACCUGCAAGACCCCAUGGAUGUUGUGUUCCUGGCUAAGACAGUGGAGCAGUACACGGACCUCCUCACCACGCUCUCCGGCCCCAAGGAGACGGCCAACACUCUCAUCAACAUCAUCAGCGCCUCCAUGUCGGCCACCAAGGAGCUCCUGGCCAAAGCAGAAGCGCUUGACAGAUCUUGUGGCCGGCUGGUGGGGUGUCUGUGGGAUGUGGCCACUCACUUCCCCACCCUCCCCCAUGCCAUGGCCCCCCACUUGGAGAUGCACCAGUCCUCAUAUCACCCCCACACCUUCUCUGGUCUCACCUGCACCUGGUUCCGACGCAGUGCUCAUUCCACAGAACGCCACUUUAGAUGCAACACCAAUGAUUACUCCAAGAUGUAUAGCACUGACGACAAGAUCCUGGACGCACAGAUUCAGGUCCCCUCCAGCCUCUUCUCCCACGGCCAACCCUUCCACCAGUUCUCCACCACCACCACCUCCCCUGCCAACACCUCCGAUGACGACCCAGCUCCCUCCCGCAUCCCACAGACCCCGGUGCAGCUCCAGUUCUUUGUCUACAGCACAGCCAAGCUGUUUCCCCACACUGGGUCCCACGGUGAUGGCCUGGAGUCCUGGGAGGUGACAAGCCCAGUCAUUGGGGGACGAGUGAGCACUGGGGGAGUGGCGGCUGAUGGGAGUGAAGGGAGUGGUGGUGUGGAGGACACUGGGGUGCUGCGAGUGGAGGACAGCGUGUACAUAACCCUGCGUUCGGCCAUCUACAGCUACAGCAUCAUGCCAGUGUGGUGGCGCGUCAAUGCCUCUGCCAAUGGCCGGGGGGAGUGGUCCAGCGAGGGCUGCAAGAUCGUCAAGAUGCACAACUCGCUGGUGGUGUUCCGCUGCGACCGCCUGGCUCACUUCGGCCUGCUGCAGGACAUGGCUGCACGUCACCGGGGCCGGGGCGGGGCCAAGGAAGGGGCGGCAUUCAGGCCCAGUGCCCCAGGGGUGUAUGUGGGCAGUGCAGUGUGUGCUGCCUUCCUCAUGGCCUCCAUUGCCACCUGGGCUGCUCACCACAGCCGCAUCGCCACCGCCAGCAAGAACAAGCACUCCCUGCUGAACACCUGGGUGGCAUUGCUGCUGCUGGUGGCAUUGUUCACGGCCGGGGCACACCAGACACACCAUCGGCCGCUGUGCCAGGGCGUGGGGGUGGCGCUGCACUACCUCACCACCUGUGUGCUGCUCUGGACCACUGUCACUGUCACCAAUCUGUACAAGAAAGUAGCCAAGGCCCUGCGACCCCCCCCACCUCCUGAUGAGGUGCCCCCGGAUGUCCCGCUGCCCCCCAAGCCCAUGCUGCGCUUCUAUCUGGUGGGCUGGGGGAUCGCUCUCAUCCUGUGUGGCAUCUCGGCUGCCGUCAACCUGCACCAGUAUGCCGGCUAUCACUUCUGCUUCCUGGCAUGGGGACCCAGCCUAGGGGCCUUUGUGGCACCCACCGCUGCCCUCACACUCAUCCUGGCCACCUUCUUCCUCCUCACACACUGCUCACUCAGGUCGCUGCGUGCUGCCUACCCUGCCACAGCCGCUGCCACAGCAGAGACUACAGAACUGGAACUGCUGGAUGCCGCCUCACCUGCAACAGAGGUGGCGGGGCCCGGGGCAGUGGCGGAGGAGGUGAGCCUGGCCUCGCGAGACACGGCAGCCAGCGUGACGGACGGCCAGCACAGUCCACUAACGCAGCUACGUGCCCAUGCUGUCACCCUGCUUCUGUUUGGCCUGACGUGGACAGCAGCGGCCAUCACCACGGCGGCUCCCUUCCAGGAGAUCAUCCCGCACCACACGGCCAUCUUCAGUGCCAUCUACGCCAUGUGUGCCAGCAGCCUGGGCAUCUUCAUCUUUGUGUUCUUCUGUCUGAGUCGUGGGGAUGUAUGGGAGGCAUGGCGGAGCUGCUCCUGGGGCGGCCUGCUGCCGCGGCGGGGCAGGAAGGAGGAGGAGGAGGUGCGUCUCACCUUAGCGCCGGCCAACAACACCACCAUGGCCACCCAGAACAACCAGAGCGGUGUACGGCCCGGGGAUGGCCGUGGGCCACGGGACGCACCCUCCACACAUAGCCUGGAGUCCUCCCACACACACAACACCAACAAGUCCUCGUCGGUGUCACAGAGCAUCCUGACGUCCACCAAGGGGGAUGGAGUGGUGGUGGCCAAGACUGCCAACAACCUGCAGUUGCUGAGCCUGGGCGCCAUGACCAAUGACCUGCACUAUGCCCCGGAGCUGUUCUACAACCCCAAGCAGGCGGGUGUGGCCAAGCGGUUCUUUCAGAAGCAGCGCCUGCGCCAGAUGGUGAAGCAGAACAACCUGGAGGUGAACCGCGCUGACAGUGACUGCAACUCCACUGUGUACCGGCCCAAGAUGUCCCGUGCAUUGAACUGUGAUGCCAACACCCACCGUGGCUUUGACCCUGCCUGCCUCGGGGCAUCCAGCAAGGUGAACAACACCAACAUCCACGUGGACGGCGUGUUCCCCUACCUGGGUGGUGAGAUGCAGCCUGGCGGCAGCAAGCAGGCCAGCAAGGACCCCACACCGGAGGUGCUUUGCGUGCUGGGCCCCACCCCGGACCUCUACCCGGCAGGGCGGGGCACCGAGGGGGAGCGAGGCUGGGCCACCAUACCCCGCAAGCCCCGAGCCUUCAUGGAGGAGCCCCUCAGCCCCCUACGGCGGGGUGGCUCCUUCCCCAGCAUCACUGAGGAGGGGCGCCCUGCCUCCCGUGCCCCCAGCCAGACCUCCACCCUGGACCAGCCACCAUACCCCCUCCCCGACCCCUUGCCCCAGCAACACCCUCGCCUCUACAGCUUCCCUCCCCCUGGUGCUGCCCCCCACUACCACCACCACCAUCACCUCCAGGGUGCUGAGGAUGAGCCUCCAACUCGCAAGGCCCGGGGCACCUUUACCCCCGAGCAGGGUGAGCGGCCCGACCCCGGGGCAGACGGCUCCCGUGCCGGCCGUCCCCACCGCUACCGGGCGGGGCGGGAGAGGCCUCGGCCAGGCAGAAAUAGGCGGCGGCAGCUGCGGGUGCGGGGCGGAAGUGCAGGUGGGUCAGUAGUGGGGGCUGGAGAGGGGCGGGAGGACUGGACGGAUGACAACACGCCGCCUGUCAUUAUCAACUUGUCGCCGGGGGAUGCAGGGCGCUCCUCGGGGUCUGACAAGGACGCUGUCGCCCACCAGUUCAUGCCCUUCCCUGUCCUUCCCCGCAACGUGACACCCCCUGGGGCCCCGCUGGGCAUACUGGACCAGCGGCCGCACCCCCAGGACCCCUCCAGCCUCAUGUGUGUGGACCUGACCUGGCCACAUGUCAUGGGCUCGCUGGGUGCCGACCACCCGGGGCGCAGCAGACCAGAGCCUGCAGCCUGCCAGUGCCUGCACGGCUUCCCUCCAGGACUGGAGGGCCCCACGGGACUGGGGGUGUGUUGUGAGGGAGAGGAUGGUGGUGCAGCCAGCUGGGACAGUGAGGGGGGUGAGGGGUACUGGUGUGCCGGGGGCGGGGAGCAGCGGGCCAGCGCGUGUGAGGUGAGCGGCUGUGACGCCUCCAGCCUGUGUGGCGGUGGCCUGUCCGGCAGCAGCAGCAGCAGUGGCAGCAGCGGUGGCAGUUGUGGGGAAGGGGGUGGUGCUGUCAGUGAGGGAGGCAGCGUUGACCCAGCGGUUGGCACCAGUCCCCGGGGCAGCGUCAACAUCUCUGACUCUCCCUAUGACUCCCCCCUGCACCGCCUCCACCAGAACACCCCUGACAGUGGCUCACUUGACUCGGGGCUCCUCAGCUCCCCUGGCAGGCCCCCUCCGCCUGAAGGGGCACAGCAGGGAACUCUGCUAGGGGAGACCACCACCAGCGCUGAGUCCCUGAACUUACCACAAGACCCCCCCUCCCCAUCCUCCCCGGCUUGCUACCUCACCAACAGCUCAGCGGAGACAGUGCUGCGGCGCGACGACCCGGGCCAGGACAGUGACGAGGGCACGGGGACAGGGCAGGAGGCGGGGCAGGAGGUGGGGAAGGGGACAGGGAUGGGGACUUGUUCUGGGGAGAGGCAGGCAGAGACAGAGGAACCAGAAGCAAAUCCUAAGAGGGAAACUUGUGUGUAGCAACCUCACCCUGGUCCCUGCCCUGCCCUGCCCUGCCCUGUGCCAUAUCCAGACCAGUCUCAUCACCCACCCUGAUAUUUAUUGCCAUACUGACAUAUUACCCACAACACAACACAACACAACACAUUUUAUGAAACACAAAAAAAUAAUCACAAUGAUGAAAUGAAAUGGGAUUAAAAAAGUGAAAUGAAAUGAAACUUGCCCCGAAAACCCUUCAGAAUGUAAAUAAAUAUAAAUAUAUAUUAUAUCUAUAUGAGAAAAUAAAUAAAACUUCAUUUGAAUAUUAUUAUUAGUUAUGUAAACGACAAAAAAUAAUAAAUAAUAGUAAUAAUAAUAAUACAAUAAUAAUAAUAAUAAUAACUACCAAAUUUCUAUAUUAUGAGCAAGAACACAUUUUACUGUUUUGUCAUUUUUACUAUUAUAACCCCCUCCCCCCUUCCCAUUCCCCAUCACCUCUACCCCUUCCCUUCCCCAUCCAUCACCCAUAUCCCUCCCCUUUACCUGCCUCCCAUAUCCCAGUUCCUCUACCUUGUACCCUUCCCUCCCCCUUCCUAUUAUCCUUCCUCAUCCCCCUAUCCAGUUUUCUGUUAUCCCCUUCCUUCCCUGUUUCUCAUUCCUUUUCUCCUCCAUUUAUACUUUUCCCCAUUUUCUUUCACACUUCCAUUUAUCUUUCUACGUUUUUCUUUUAUCUCUCCUCUCCUCGACUUUCCUGUUAUUUCUAUCUUCAUUCCACACUCCGUUCCUUCUUUUCCUCUAAUGCCUCUCUGUUUAUUAUCAUUCCGUUUUUCUUUUCAUUCUUAGCGCCCAGUUUUCUUCCCAUCCUCCCCUCUCCUCUUCCCUUUAUCAUCCCUUUAUUAUUAAUUAUUAUUAUUAUUAUUAUCCACUGUUAUCCUUGUCUUUCGUCUCCCACUCCCACCCCCUGUUCCUCCCAGUUCUCUCUCCCACAUCAGUCUGUUAUUCUGUAGACCCUCCCGUGUCGUAAGAAGCAUUUAAAAAAACACCAGUAUUUAUACAUAUAAAUAUAUAUAUAUAUUACAUGUAGAUAUGACAUUCUUUUGAAAUCCAUUUUUUUUUUCGUAUGUGCAUUUUUAAAUAUUUUUUGAGUAUUUUUUUUUCUUGAGUGUUAAGUGCAAGAUGUAUUACUACUGCUGCUACUACUACUACUACUACUACUACUACUACUACUACUACUACUACUUAUUUUCACUUUAUUUUUAUUUAUUUAUUUUUUUGUGGUUAUAAUGUAUGAGGGUUUAACUCUCUCUCUCUCUCUCUCUCUCUCUCUCUCUCUCUCUCUCUCUCUCUCUCUCUCUCUCUCUCUCUCUCUCUCUCUCUCUCUCUCUCUCUCUCUCUCUCUCUCUCUCUCUCUCUCUCUCUCCAUGAGUUUGAUGUUUUCCUUCGUUCCUUCAUAUAUUUCUUUUUUCCUUUUUCCUUCUUCAUAUUCGUUUUUUUCUUCUUCCUUCCAUCUUUCUUAGCCUUUUUUUUAUAUUAAUUUUCCUUCCAUAUUCCUUUCCUUCGACUGCAAUAGGAAACACUAGGGCAUUAUGAGUACCUAUUUUUUUUUCCUAUAGAUAUUUUAGAAACCCAAAGCUUGUAAACUAUAUUAUAUUUGCUCCCCUUCCCCAUUUAACUAAUACAUAAUAUAUAUUUUCCGCCCCCUCUCCCCAUUUCCAGUUAUUUCUGAGUCGUGUUUGUGUGUUUGUGUGUUUUUCUGACUCAAAAAGAGAGACUUUUUCGCUCUCUUUCUAUUAUUAUUAUUCUUUUUGUAUAAUGAUUUUGUUUACGUUUCUUUAUACAUAUACUACAUUUAUUAUUCUUUUACCCUCGUGGUCCUGUAAAUAAAGAUACUUUCCUGCGUGUGUAUGUCUGGUUUUUAAAGACGUGCAAUGAAUGUGAGUUUUAUG